AUGUUUAAUCUAAUUCUCACAUUUCAUAUGAAGAAUCAUACUCACAUAAGUUCUUACAAUUUACAGGCAACAUUGUGCUCAAUAAGGAUUGUAAAGAAGGUCCCUAACCUUGCAGAAAAUCUUGUUAACUCUGUUGUUUCCUUACUUAAAGAAAAACAUCAUGGGGUUCUUUUAAUAGCAAUCCAGCUCUGUACAGAUCUCUGUAACCUUAAUGAAGAGGCUCUUGAAAUUUUCAGGAAGAAAUGCACAGAGGUGUUGGUGAAUGUUUUGAAGGAUGUUGUCAACAACCCAUAUGCUCCUGAAUAUGAUGUUUUAGGUAUUGCAGACCCUUUUCUUCAUAUAAGACUGCUUCGCCUUUUGCGUGUUUUGGGCCAUGGAGAUGCUGAUGCUAGUGAUUCCAUGAAUCACAUUCUUGCCUAGGUGGCAACAAAAACUGAGUCAAACAAGAAUGCAGGGAAUGCAAUAAUUUAUGAAUGUGUAGAAACCAUUAUGAGCAUUGAAGAUAGCAGUGGU